AUGGCAAGUUCCGUCAAUCCGCCAGACACAGCAGCCACCAAACCGCUGCUCCUGUGUCUUUAUCACCUUCCGCAUUUUGAGGGCUCCGUACCAGCCACAGCCAGAGGUGACGAGCUGCCAGCGCCCUGCACACAAGACCUGAGAGUUGAUUCAGAAAGCAGUGGUGAUGCAUCUUCAUACCAGGAGGACCUGGCUGAUGGGACCUUAAUGCCUGCAGUGUCUUGGAGCCCUUUGAAAGAUGAGCUGAGAAGGAAGUACUUGACCCAAGUGGACAUACUGCUGCAAGAUAAAACGUGUUCAGAGUAUGACGAUUACGGAGAUGGAAACGACACACGUGUGCUCCUGGCCCCUUCACUGGCCUCGCCUCCCAGGCCUGCCCAUGGGUACUGUGACAGUGUCUCUGAAGAGAGUCUCGAUGGCCCGUUUCAGCCGGCUGCGUCUUCACGCCCUUGUUCAACAGACAUGGCCGUGGUGCCCAGAAAUGACAGCGUCUCAUUCCAAGAGACCAGUGGAAACAGCAUCUUAAGCAGCCCAUCCUUUGUGGCUGACGACAUCUGCACCGUGACAAUCAGUGACCUGUACGCGGGCAUGCUGCACUCGAUGAGCCAGCUGCUGAGUGCAAAGCCAUCCUGUAUCAUCUCCACCAAAACCUUCAGCGCUCAGAACUGGAGCUCGAGGCGGAGGCACAAGUGGAAGAGAGGGAUGGACAGGACGUAUUACAGGGCGGGCAAGCACGCUCGAAGGAGUCCCCACACGAGACUCGUGCCCGGUUCAGAGCCUGGGCGAGAGGUGGGAGUGUUAAGAGAUUGCCAGAACUUACCAGACGCUUCUGGCCAUAAGGCAGGGUUAAAACUGGGGAAAGCUUUCCUUCAAGUAAACAAACCCCAAAUCCGUAAAUUAGAUCCGAGUUGGAAGGAGAUUAAGGGAAUAUCCCAGAAGCUCUCUUCUUUGACUUACGUAGACUCCAGGACGAUGCAAAAUAGAUUAAUGACAUUAAAAUGGUUAAUUUCUCCUGUAAAAAUAGUUUGCAGACCAAGAAGACUGCAGGGUGAGGGAGGGAAUCAUUCCAGAGAGCUCGAAAGCAAGUUUGAUAAGCUCUAUCAGGAAUACUGCCUAAGCCCCAGGAAGCAGCUCUGCCCGACUCCCCUUUCCAGCCCCUCCAGGCUCCGCGUGUACAAAGGCGGUUCAAGCCCGGGUGACUCCUGGGGCUUAGAAACCCACAGGCCCAGUAGACCUUUCAGCAAAGCAAAACCUAAGAUUUUAACUGAGGCUUUUGAAAACCUGGGCCAGCGAGCUGUUGAAGCGGGAAGAUUCCUGGCAAGGAGUCGUUCCUUCCCGUCACUUGCGAAGACCCACCCCGCGCAGAGCCCAGGCCGCUCUGAGCUGACAGCCGACUUUUUUCAAGGAAAUAAUCUUGGAGUAUUUAGGAAGUCAGUGUCACUCAGCAAACCUGUUUCAGUACCCAGGGUUCAACCUCCAGGCGGUGCAGGAGAUCGUUACAAUGAAAUUAAAGAAAAGUUUGACCAGCUUCAUCAGAAGUAUUGCCAAAAAUCGCCUCAGCAGACGAAGGCACCUUCAUACACUGGAGUAUCUCCAGCUAAAGCAACUGUGGAACUUAAAAAUCAAGAAGACUUCUUAGGAAAAUUAAAUUCAGACUCUUGCUUUCAGAGUCCCCAAAAGUUGUCACCAUCACCCCAGUGGAGCGUAAAACGUUCACUGGGCUCAACCACCACUGUUCAUCCAGGUGCAGGCUUUGCUCUCGCUGCCAGAGGCCGCCCUCAGCACCUUGCAAAGAGACGCCAGUUAUCAGACCCUCAGGUGUGUGGAAGGUGGGCUGAUUCCCAGCAUCCCUCACACGCGGUGGGUAGUGCCAGCCUGAGGCCAGGGGAGGAGGCUGGCUCUCCACAGCCCGACUGGAAGAGGAAGAGGAAAGAAGAACACAUCUUUCAGGGUGGAAGAGAAAAGUGAUUUUGUGUUAGAAAACUCGAAGCUAAAAAUCUAUAGCCAAGUUAUUUUAGAGUAUUGUCCCUCUUCCCCGUUACUCUGUUUGAGAGAGAGUGAGAGAGAAAUUCUCAAGAAUAAAUUAGAACUUGCUUCAAAGCAAAUUUCAA